AUGUCGGCCAUGCAGGGCCAGCGCUUAACGGGUUCGACUGCGAGGUCGACGCCCAACCGCCGGGACUUGCGCAAGUAUGCCAGACUGUUUGUAAAGACAGACCAGGAUGGCGAUGGGUUUGUUAGCAGCGAUGAGGCCUAUUCCCUAUUCACGAGGUCACAGUUGCCCGAGGACGCUCUUCAACAAAUUUGGACUUUAUCCAACGUGAGUGGGAGUGGCAUGCUGAGCUUCCCAGAGUUUGUUGCUGCCAUGCACCUGAUCCGGGAAGCUCGCCAGACUCAGCAGAGUCCGGAGGCGAUCUCUUCAGACCUCUUCGCCUUCCUGGGCAGCCUCUCAGAGACUGCCCAAGAACUGUCCGUGGAAGGAUCCUCGCAGUCUGCCCGCACCCUGCAAGGGUCUCAUGCACCAGCGAGCUCCGCUUUUCAGGGCACCGGCCCACUCAGCCCGCACAGCCCCAACGGCCCAAGCGGCCCAAGCGGCCCACACGGCCCGCACAGCCCACACUUUGGCCACGCAGAGGCGCCGGCCGCAAUGCCAGGCAACGAGGCGCAUCAGGAUCAGGCACAGGAUGCGUUUGGACUUGGCGAUUGGGGGCAGGGAGAUGAGGGCAAAAAGAAGAAGGGCCGGAGGAAGGAGAAACAAGAAAGUCCCCCAGAGGCGCAGCUUGAGGUGCCGGAAGUACCAUGGGACUCGCAAGUUCCGGCUCCUGGAGCUGAUGCGGACUUUGGAAGUGCUUGGACCACUUUUGGGGACCAGGAGAACACAGAAAGCAAGGCAAAGAAGGAGAAGAAGGAGAAGAAGGAGAAGAAAGACAAGAAAGACAAGGAGAGGGAGGACAAGCAGACUCGGUUUGAGCCGGAGCCAAGCACCGCUUGGCCUACUGGAGGUGACUGGUCCAAGCCUUCCUUCCCGGCUCUGGACCAGAGCAGCCGCGGAAGCCCCCAGAGUAGCCCCUCUGCGUUCAGAACAAGUGGAACAGGUGGAACCCGCCAGACCAGUCAGCCUCAAACCCGAAUGGGCUUGCGAUUUGACCUGGACUUUGGCAAGGAUGCGGAUCCCGACUACAUAGCGAGGCUACAGGAGAUGACCUUCUUUGCUCGAUUUUGGCUUGAGGAGAUCCUGGAUGUUCCGCAGGGAAGCUCCCCACCGGCAACUUCUCCCAAAACGGCACAGGCAUUGAGGUGGGCAGGCUGUCGCCACGACGGGCACUUCGAGGAUAGGUACAAGACCGCCUACAAGGACAUGGGGGACUACGCCAGCCCCGCGCUGCACGUGGCCCUGAUGGGCUUUCGCUCGCCAGCCCAAGGCUCGGCAGUGAUGCCAGCACCAGGCCAACCCUUCUUAAAGAGCCUCACGCCCCACUUUGUGCGGCCCGCUCCUGCCAAGACUGUCCAGGAGGUUGGGAAAGAUACCAUGACCCGAAGUCUGGGACGCUUGACUUUUGCGCCAAUGACCGCUGCCUGA